AUGUUAUUUAAUUUUGCCUUCGUGUUGUCUCAUGUGUCCAGGAUAAUGAGACUAGUGCUGCUACUUGUGUGCCAGACCGGUGUCGUGUUACGGAUUCAGGCUCAGACACCUUCUGAAUGUGCUACGUCUAACACAAACAGACCACCUGAAAACUCCGAUAUAACGGUGGAUUGCGGCGCUGAGAUCAUGAAGCUGACCAUCUAUCUUUGCCCAAUCUACCAAGAACUUUAUAAUGAGUCCCUCAUGGUGUUGAAUAACAAUUUUAACAACGGUGAUUGUUUCGGCGUGGCGGACUUUGACGCCAACCCACCAGUCUUAAAUUUCAGUAUUCCCAUAAACCAAAGCUCCUUGUCUUCAUGCGGGAAUGACUUUAAGAUUAUCAAUCAGGUUGGAACUGGAGUUUUCGCCGCCUUUUCCAAUGUCCAGUUUGUCAACAUCUCCGGCAGCGUCACCUCAGUUGACCCUUCAGCCGGCAUGAUCACUUACCGACCGACGCUCCUCUACAAGUUCUCCUGCUUUUACCCAAUGCAAUAUCUCCUUAACAACACAGAGCUGGGAGUAGCUGGCUUGAAUGUGGCCAUCACAGACAACAAUGGCAGCUUCAUCAGCACAUUAAGCUUGAAAUUGUUUGCAGAUGAUGGUUUCAUCACUCCUCUUAUCAUCCCACCGACGGGAAUCCAACUGAAGACUAAAAUCUAUGUUGCUGUGAUAGCCACCAAUCUAACAGACAGGUUUAAUGUGCUGCUGGAUCGAUGUUACGCCACCACAAGCCCCGACCCAAACUAUGAAUUCUAUUAUGACCUUUUUAUUGGCUGUGACAUUGAUGGACAGACCGAAGUGCUUAACAACGGUGAUGCCCAAGUUGCUCGCUUCUCCAUAGAGGCCUUCCGAUUUGUAGAGCACAGCAACAGAACUGUGUCCACGUUCUACCUACACUGUGUCACCAGGCUGUGCGAGGUUUCCACCUGUGAUUCGCUAAAACCGAACUGCUCACCAAACACAGCAAGAAGAAGAAGAAGAGAGACUGAGAACACGCCGGCUAAUGCGACGGUCACUUCACCAGCCAUUUUGGUGGCCAAAAAGAGCACAGAUUUUCAAACAAAUGCAGCUCCUUACAGUUCAGCAGAGAGCCGCUACAGCGACCCCAUGGUGGCGGUCAUCGUCUGUAUCGUCGUCCUGUCUGUUCUCUUCACCGGCUUGGCUGCUUACUUUGUGUAUUUUAUCAAAUGCAGAUGA